AUGUCUACCGAUACUAGUGUUCGUUCCGUUACUUGUCAAGCUUCUCCAAACAUUGCUCUUAUCAAAUAUUGGGGUAAACGAAAUGAAGAAUUAAUCUUACCAGACAAUGAUUCAUUGAGUAUCACUCUUGAUCUAACUGAUAUGCAUUCAUAUACAACUGUUUCAACAUCACCAUCGAUGGCAUGUGAUACAUUCUAUUUCGAAGGAGUUUUACAAACUAAACUCUCUAGUCGAAUGCAGAAAGUUCUAGGCGAAGUUCGUCGACGUGCAAAAGAUAUGCAAAACCAAUUUGUAGAAAUUCGUUCGCAGAACACAUUUCCAGCUUCAAGUGGUUUAGCGUCCAGUGCAUCGGCUUAUGCAAGUUUAGCUAUCGCCUUAACGAAACUGUUCAAUCUGGACAAUCCUGAUGCAACUGCUGCUUAUCUAGCACGAAUCGGUAGUGGUUCUGCGAUACGGAGCGUUUAUGGAGGUUUUGUUCGUUGGUCUAGCGAAGGUGAAUGUCUCUCAUCAUGUCUCUUUCCAAUGGAACAUUGGCCAGAUCUUCGAUUAAUCAUCUUAAUCUUCAAUCCAAGUAAAAAACCAGUUUCGUCAACUGAUGCUAUGCAACGUACGAGAGAAACAUCGACGCUAUUCUCAGCGCGUCUUGCUACAGUUAAUGAUAAAAUCGAAAAAUUGAUCGAAGCAAUUCGAAUCAAAGAUUUCAACACGUUUGCAAAGAUUGUCAUGAUGGAUAGUAGUCAAUUUCACGCCGUUUGUAUGGAUACCUAUCCUCCCGUCAUCUAUUUAAAUGAACAAUCAAAGCACUUGAUUGAUCUCGUUCAUGCUUACAAUAAAACGGAUGAAAAUGGUGCAAUGAAAGUCGCUUACACAUUUGAUGCCGGACCAAACCCGUUCUGUUUUAUUCGCGAAGAACAUACCGAAGAAUUCUUAAGAUUACUGAAGUACAUCUAUCCAACGGUGGAUAACAAUGUUCAUAAGCAUGUCGCAAAUAGUGAUGCAAAACUACCUUCGAUAAAUGUGCCAAUAGCGCCCAAUGUCCUCGAACGAAUCGUCCUGACAAAAAUUGGUUCUGGUCCGAAAAUAAUUUCAUAA